AUGGAAGCUCAAUAUCAAAGCACAAACUUCCUUCUACAAAAAGUCCAACACGAUCUGGGACGGUUGGAAGGAACGCAAAACGAACAGGACGCGCAGGUCGUUGUACAGAGUAUUUAUGGAGAUAUUUCAACACUGAAAGACAAUUUGCAAGCGUUGGACAACUACGUUUCCCGUGAACAACCUGCAAGGCGGCAAGCGGCACGAAUGCGGGUUGAUCAGCUGCGGAUGGAUGUUCAAAGAGUGGAUAUGGCAGUUUCAGCAGUGCACACAAGAAUGACACAGAGAUGGAGGAGUGCUAGUGAGCGAGAAGAGCUAUUGAGUGCUCGGUACCGACCCAACGACACGGCACUUUCAAUUGGCGACCACGAACUACAGCUCAACGACCGUCUUCACUCCUCUCACAAUCGUCUCGACGAACUGAUCAGCCAAGGAUCUGCCGUUCUCGACAAUCUCAAGUCUCAGCACUUUAGUUUGCGUGGUGUCAGUCGAAAAAUGCACGAUAUUGGACAAGCGCUCGGUCUCUCCAACUCCACCCUCCAAGUCAUCGAUCGCCGUGUUCGAGAAGAUUGGAUCUUCGUUAUUGGGUGCAUUGUUUGCUGCAUAUUCAUGUACGCAUUCUACCGUUUCUGGCGAGGAUAG